UGUUCGACGUGAUGGGCGGGUGGGGAAAGCCAAUGGUAGGGCAGGGCGGGCCCGCCGGCGCUACCUGCAGUCCGAGGGCAGUGCCGCGCACGGGGUUGAGUUUGAUCCUGUCGUCAUGUUUCAGGCCUCUGAGGCCGAUCCGGCGAAGCCGAGCUCCAGGGUAUUGAAGCCCCCAGGAGGAGGGUGUAGUAACCUCUUCGGGACUACGGAGGAAGUUUCUUCUUCAAGCAGGCCACACCGAAUGGCGUCCAGUAUCUUUGCAGCAUCAGAACAGCCUCAAAACAUUCCAAAAAGAACAAACCCUCCAGGAGGAAAAGAAAGUGGUAUUUUCGAGGAUUCUAGUUCUGCUCAGCCACGUCCACGCAUGAAUCCACCUGGUGGGAAGACAAGUGAUAUCUUUGGGUCUCCUGUGUCUACCGCUGUUGUGCGAGCACAUCCAAACAAGCCCAAGGAUCACAUUGUCUUGAAAGAAGAUGAAACACCAAAGAAGCCUGAAGCUACAGAAAAUAUCAAACCACAGCUGGAAGAUGGAGGCGAGAAAGAAGAUGUGGGCAAAGAGGAGCGACACUUGGAGCCAGAGCCCAAGAUAGACAAUCACGAGCCCCGAUUAGGGCCAAGGCCGCGCUCGCACAACAAGGUCCUCAAUCCGCCAGGGGGAAAGUCCAGUAUUGCGUUUUAUUAGUCAUCUGUUCCCUGUCACUAACAGAGUCUGCACAGAAAUGCUUGUCUGUGGUUGCGAGGUCUGUUUAUGGACUGCUGUUUGUGGAUAGGUCAUUAGGCAGGUGAUUGAGGUUCAUGCUUAAGUAAGUGUGUAAGGGUGAUUAACCUGAUAAUAUGGGGAAAGAGGGUUGGGGAGGGAAAGGGUCCCUGGUGGGAGAUGGGAGCGUUGGCCUGCCUGGGUGGGUAGCAGAGGGGAACAUUAGUGUAACUUUGUGGAAGAACAGUGCUACUUGUGGAGAGUUCAUCAGACUGAGGUUCUCAGCUAGCCGGUGUCUCAGAAUGCUCUCGUGGGGUCUGGCGCAUCCAUACAGUCAACAUGUAAAACAUGGUGAAUGGUGAGGACCAAGAGACCACCCCAGACAGCUUCUGCAGGAGGCAGGCAGGCUGUGUCUCCCUCUGAGGCACAGGAUGCAGCCUCACACAGGAGCUGGUAGCAGUCACUUGAAUGUGAAUACGUUCUACUGGAACUAUGGUGCUAUGGGUUUGAGUGUCUCCCAUCUUUGGUUCUUUUUCUCCUUUCUUGCCUUGCAGCACGUGAUUGCUGAUACAAAGCCAACACAUGCUGACAGUUUCUUUCAUACUCAUGAACCAUCAUAGGUUAAUGAAUAUAGUGGUCUUCCCUUCCCCAGAGUAUUCAGGCCUUUCUGAUGCUUUCAGUAAUCUGAUUACUACAGCUAGCUCUUGAACAGUGAUAGCAUCAGUCUAACACACUGCUCCAUGAAGGUGCUUCUAGAAGACUUUUAUUCCAAGUAUCCUGGUUGAGUGCUUGCACAAUUUCUGGUAAAGAUGUGGCUGCAAAAAAUAGCUUUAUGGUGCUCUUUGAACAGAAGCUACUUAAAAUGUACAGUUACCACAGAGAGUAUCCGAUAGUGUCCAGUCACUAGCUCUGACUCAACCAGUGUAGAAUUGCCUCAGCUUCUGCACAAGUUUUUCCUUUGUACCCUGCAGAAACCAGGACUGGUUCUGCUGGCUUUACCACAGUGCAUUUGUUUGUCUGUGCUGACUCUGUUAGUGACUCUCUUGUCUUUGGUCAGCCUUACUUUUGCCUUCAACUGCCUCAGAUUUUUGUUGGUAAGGUUGGGAGGAGUACAUGGAUUCUCCCAAACCAAGCACUGUAGUUGUUGUGAGACAUGCUGUAGACUAUCCUAGUUGGAGAAACAAAGACUAGCGAUACCAAACUUUUGGUUGUGCUGGCUCUUAAAUCAUGUUUGGAAGAUGUACAUGUUCUGAGCAAACACAUGUUGGGGAGGGUAGCUCCCAUCAUUUGUUCUCUGCGUGGACUUUCUGAUCAUAUCCAGAGGUAUGAGCUGUGACUGUUAACAUGAGGUGCUUACUAUUCAAUGGAUUUCAUAGUGACUUUUUACACUUGACAUAUCGAAACAGGAGUUGUUCAAGUUCACCAAAGAAAAAGUGGCCUUACCUGCCUCCAUCUGCUGCUGUUCUAGCCCAGGUUUCCUGGGACUGGCUCUGCGACAGGGGCUAAAAUACCCUGUGAUGAUGGUGCUUAGUCAAGGGUUCAGUCCAGUGAAGUCAGCCAUGGUGGAUGAAGACUUAGUUCCCUUUCCAGAUAGUGGAAGUGAAAUACAUAGGGCUGCACUAAGGGUAGAAAUAGCUGUGAAAAGUUGGGAUUUCCAUGUCUUUGUACCUUUCAGAUAGGUUUGGAACUCUGUCAUUUGCCCUUCUGGGAAAACAGGAGGAAAAGAGUGGUUCUAACUGCAACCCUGAAACAGACUUCUGUUAGUUCCAAAUGUCUUUCCUAGCAGCAAUGCUCGAGUCUGUGCUGGCUAGACUCUGGCUGAGUCUGAGCCAUCAAUUUCAGUUCCUGCAUCCAGUACUUGACAGGGUUUAGGAAGCCACCACGUGGAAAAGUCAACCAGAGGCUCCUUUCUGCACUGAAGGGGCUGGUGUAAUUGACAUUGUCUGUAGCACUGAGCUUAUGGUGGACAUCUUCUUGCACCUCCUGUGCAUUGGCUGCAGUGCCUGUCUUAAACAGAAACUUCCAACUAGGCCUUAAAUUAGUUAAUCUAGGUUGAUUUUCUUGGAUUUCUUUCUUUGGAAUGUAAACCAUGUUUUUAACUCAUCAAAUAGGAUUGAUAAGAGCAUUUUUCCAGGAUGGAGGUAGUUUGGAAAUCAAAUGAUGAAUGCUAUUGUCAAUAAACCUCUGUAUUUUGGUACUUCA